GCGCGUAUCCGUCAUUUUAAAAGUCAAGUAGAAGCUCCGGCUUGGAAGUAUACUCUGCUGCUCAUGUUGUGAAAGAUGGCUACUUCAUCUGUGUCUAAGGGCUGCUUUGUUUUCAAGCCCAACGCUAAGAAAAAGAAGAAGACUGCCAGUCUGGAGAGUUACUUUGUUCACUGCUGCGAGGACGCUGAGAGCAGUGGAACACGAUUCGGGCUCUGUCGGGAUAUGUGGGACAAAAUCAAAGCAGACACAGAGGUUUUACAAGAUGAACUCAACAGGAAAAUCUUGGACAGUUUGCUGGACUUCACAAGGAAGUCCUCCUCCACUCAUCACCACAGUGACUGGACGUCACAGAUGAGGGCCAGUGAGAUUCCCACAGCAGCUCUUAUGCUUGGUGUAAAUGUCCCAGAUCAUGACAUGACCUUUCAGAGUCUGUCUGACCUCCUCCAGCAGUCUGUCACCCCUCAUGUGGCCUCUGUGCAGGCCAAAGAGUGCGGAGCACUGAAGCAUUUGAUGAAGAAGGUCCUGGAGCGGUUGAUGAAUACAGUUGUGGUUGUGGAUGAGGAGGAUGAGGAGGAGAACAUGCAGACGAGUACUCAGCUCCACAGGAGCGUGCACUGCUCUCUCAGAAUACUCUGUGAUUGGUACAUUGCAAGAGCACAGAAAUGUGCCACUGAUACUCCUGGGAAAAAGCGCAGCUGUCCAGUCAGAGAUGAGCAACAGCAGCCUCCAGUUGUUAUCAUUUUCAAAGAUUUGGAGGCUUUUAACCCCAGAGUUCUUCAGGACUUCAUCCUCAUCUGCAGUCGGUACAUUGACCGCCUUCCGCUGACAUUCAUCUUUGGGAUUGCUACGUCACCCAGUACCAUCCAGCACAUGCUUCCCUACUCUGUAUCCUCCCUGCUGUGCAUCGAGCUCUUCCAGUCACUGUCUUGCACACAACACUUGGCUACAGUCAUUGACAAGUUGAUCCUGACUCCAUGCAUCCCUUUUAAACUCAACGGUAAAGUGAUGCAGGUCCUCAUCAGCAUCUUCCUCUACCACGAUUUCUCAGUGAGAAACUUCAUAAAGGGGUUGCAGCUGGCCCUGCUGGAGCAUUUUCACUCUCAGCCUCUCAGUGUACUGUGCUGCAAGAAAAAGCAGGCUCUGCUCAACGUGAUGCAGCUCAGUCAACCCAACUUGGAGAGAAUAAGACAGCUGCCAUCAUUCAAAAGGUAUGUAGAGAAGCUGGAAGCACAGGAACAGGUCAAUCUGAUGACCAGUGACACUCAUUUAAAGGAAGUGUGUCAAAAACUGAUAAAGGACCUUCGCAAAUACCACAAGAAUUAUUAUCCCGUCCUGAGGUGUCUCCACACUCUGACCUCAUCAUUACCUCGAUAUCCUCUUGGAAAACAGAUCAGGGAGCUCCAUUUAAUAUGCUUGGAGAAGAAUGUAUGGGAGAAUGAGGACUACCAAUCAGCCAUGAAGCUUGUAAAGAUGCUGGCAAAAGAUGAGUUGGUUGCUUUGCUACAGAGAUGUGUGGAGAUACUGCAGUCCAGCAAGUCAAAGAACAUGAAGAAUGCUCUUGUCCAGUUGGAGGAACUACUUGCCAAAUUCAAGCAGCUGGACAGUGCCGCUGAAAUGGCUCCAACUGUAGAAGCUUCGAUCACCUCUCCAAUAAAAAAUCUUCAAAAGAAAACUGAUCUGUUCCAGCUGCAGAAGACACUGCUGGAGAUGAACGAGUCCCGGAGAGCCAAGAGGCUGAGUCCAUUUGAGAACCUGAGGAAUGAAGCUCUUGAGUUUAUCGAUGGUUUAGUAAAGAGCCAUCUGUCCCCCCCAGAGUCCCAGACCCUUUAUGAGGUCUGCUACUACAGUUCAUCUGCCACAGUGAGGCGCCACCUCAAUGCAACGCCUCGUACCUCCAUUCAGGCUGCGCUCAGCAGUCCUUACUACUAUCUUCAGAACGACCGCCUGAAGACGGACGAUGGGACAGUCUCCAAUGCUGCUCCUGACAUCUGUAUCACAUACAAGCUUCACCUGGAGUGUGGAAGGCUGAUCAAUCUCUAUGACUGGCUGGAAGCCUUCGCCACCGUGGUUUCAGCUGGUGAGGGUAAUGAUCCAGAUUCUGAAAAUUUUGGGAAAGUGGAUGAAGUCAAACACGCUCGUUUCAUCCGCGCCGUAUCAGAGCUCGAAUUUCUGGGCUUCAUCAAGUCUACCAAGCAGAAGACCGAUCAUGUGGCUCGACUCACCUGGGGAGGCUGCUAAACAGAGCUGUAAAAAAAAAAAGAAAGAAAACUUUCCCCUUUUUUUCUACAUCUGUGGAAAUUUCAGAUUUGUAUUUUUUCACUCUAAUUAAAGACAUGCACAUUAAACCUGUUUCUUUAAAUAGUACAUGAGUUUCAGGUGCUCGAACUACUAGCUAUGUGCCACUGGGGAACAACACCCACCCCAUCCCACCCCCCACUUUUUUUUUAUCCAGAAGUCAAAAUUUUGGGCUGUUAUCCCAAAUUUUUAAGUUAGUAAUCUCAAAUUUUGAACUUGAGAGAAAAUAAUAUUUUGAGUUAUGUUGAAAUAUUGGGGCCUCUUCCCGGUGGGACAUGCCCGGAACACCUCACCCAGGAGGCGGCCAGGAGGCAUCCUAAUCAGAUGCCCGAGGAGAGGGAAGCCUGGGCUUCUCUGCUUAGGCUUCUGCCCCCGCGACCCGGCCCCGGAUAAGCGGAAGAAAAUGGAUGGAUGGAAUGGAUGGAUUGAAAUAUUGGGGCAGUCACUGACCAGGUUCUAGGCCUGUGUGACUGUGGUCUCAUUCACUCAAUCCUGCGUUUUCUCCAUGGUCAUCACAUCCAAAAUGGCUGACAAGUUAGUAUCAUGUGGUUAGUGGUCACAUCUGCAAAACCUCAAUAUGUACAGUCAGGACUUUUGAUAAAGCCAAGAUAACAGGAUUGGGAUUGUUCAGGUUAUGGACAGUAAUCAUAGAAUGUAUAUAAAAAAUGGACAUAGCCAC